CGGGCCGGGCGCCCUCUCAGAGCGAAGAUGGCGGCGCUGAGGGCGGUGCGGGCGGCGCUGCUGCGGCCCGCGGCCGGCCAGGCCCGGCUGGGCUACCACAAGAAGGUGGUGGAUCACUACGAGAACCCGCGCAACGUCGGCUCCCUCGACCGCAACGCCAAGAACGUGGGCACCGGGCUGGUGGGUGCCCCGGCCUGCGGGGACGUCAUGAAGCUGCAGGUGGAAGUGGAUGAGAACGGGAGGAUCGUCGACGCCCGUUUCAAGACGUUCGGCUGCGGGUCGGCCAUCGCCUCCAGCUCGCUGGCGACCGAGUGGGUCAAAGGGAAAACGGUUGAUGAGGCUUUGAAGAUCAAGAACACAGACAUUGCCAAAGAGCUCUGCCUGCCCCCUGUCAAACUGCACUGCUCCAUGUUGGCUGAAGACGCCAUCAAGGCGGCCUUGGCCGAUUACAAGCUGAAGCAAGACCCAAACAAAGAAGAGCCUGAGAAGAAAGCCAACAGUGCCUGAACUGACUGGAGCUCCUUCUCUUUCCACUGGGAUUGGCAGUGCAAUUGCUGGAGCUGGCAGGAGGCUCCUGGGCACCCUGAAGCUGUAAGAUACGCACAAGCUCUGCUCCAGGCGUGGCAGGGCCAGGCUGGGGCAGCCCCCGGCCCCUCACACCCCCCAGGGACUGCUCAGCCCUGGGAGAGGAAACCCUGGGAGAGGAAACCCUGGGCUGGGACUGCAAGGGCUGCACUUUUCCUUGGCAGAUGUAGAGUUUUGCCUCAUGUUUGAAGAGAAUUUAGUGGGAAACGUU